UUUUCUAUUUUGCUUAUGCAUUGGACAUCCGAGUAGAUUAUGUUCAUUUCUUUAAAAAUCACAUAGUAAACGUCAAAGUUUUGUAGAUAAAAUGUAUUUUGAUAAUGAGAAUUAAAUUGUGAUAUUGUAGUGCACAUUAAAUAUAAUUUUAAUAAACAGUGGGAGAGUUCGCCCAAAUUUAAUAUGGCACAAUGUAAGCAGAGCCCACAUGAAUUUAUCAGAAAUUCAUUUACUCCCCAAAUUGCAGUUAUGUGCACUCCCCUAGCGGAGAAAUGCUGCCAGAAAAACAAUUUGGAUUUUAUAGAAUUAUUACAACCAUUUUCACGACUCAAUAGUGAUGUGCACUAUAAAGACAUAACAGGUCCUGUAAAUAUUCGUAAUUUUAAACUUACUUUUUUGGAUAUAACGUGGCGGCCACCCCAAACACCUCUAGCUAGAAAGCUUUUAAAUUCAUCUGUGAGCAACGCUACCGAAAGCAGAAGUAAAACAUUUCAAAUAGGAAGUUAUAAACUGGAAAUCCCUUCUUCCACACCUUGGUUUGAAGCCUGGAGGGAUACAUUUUUAAGGGUGCAAUAUCCGUCAGAUCAUGAGUUUACUAAACAUUUUUUAGCUUGCUUACUAGUAGUAAGUUCCACCGAUAACAAUCCACCAGACACUUUUAACCAAUUAGCGCAAAGUUUAAAUCAAGUGCAAACUUCAGCACCUGGGAAAUUACCAAAAUGGUUCAGUUCAAACAUACUCAAGUAUUAUGUUAUCGUUCAUGACAAUGUCGAAGGAAACCUUACAAUAGCUAACAAUUCGUUUGAAUCGAUAAAGUCUACAUAUGGAGCACCUCACUGCUUUUUAUUAAGAAUGAACUCGAGGCCCUCUAGACCUGUGCAGUCUGAGCAUUUACCAGACCCUUGGAGUCAAUUUAUUACAAAUCAAAUUGAUAUGAAAGAGGGUAGUCAAGAUAAUGCCUCGACUUCCUCAAAAGGUUCAUUAUUGGAAGUAGGACAAGAAGCAGAAGAAAUUAAAAAUGUUCAAAAUUACCACCCUCUCAGUCCAGUUAAUGAGGAUUCUUUAGGAGAUUGUGCAGUCGAAGAAAAUAAACCCAAAGUUCCAGUUAAACAAAUACCACAUGGUGGUUGUUUGUCAACUGAAGAUGUUGAGCAAAUCAAAUUGUUAAUAUUAGAAUUUACAAGAAGUUGUCUGUUGCCAUAUAUCGAGAAACAUUUGGUGAUGUUAAAUGAUGUAGUGUCGAACAAAAAAGGAAUGAGUAAAUCGCUGUUUAGUGCUACAAAGAGAUGGUUCAGCCCGAAUAAACCUGGAGCUGGCUCUGUAGCUGUUAACAAUUUGAUUUACUCCCCUGAUUCUCCAGAGUUACAAGUAAGACGUUUGGGAGACCUUUACUUCAUGUUUGGUCAUUAUGAUGCCGCAUUUCAAGCAUAUCAUUUAGCAAAGAGGGAUUAUAAUGCUGACCAAGCAUGGCUUUAUUAUGCCGGAGCAUUGGAAAUGGCAGCACUGUCAGCUUUUAUGAACCGUGACCCCAGUAGAAAAACUUGUGAUUAUAUGGAAGAGAGUAUAACGACUUACUUAACUACUUGCAAGAUGCCCCAGUUUGCGACUAGAGCUACAAUUCUAAGUUCUGAGUGCCUGAAACACCAAAAAAUGUACGGUGAAGCCGCACAUCAACUAAUAAGAAUGACUAGCGAAGAAUCUGACUUACGCUCUGCCUUACUCUUAGAACAAGCGGCAUACUGUUUUUUACAGUCUAAAAUGAUUAGGAAGUAUGCUUUCCAUAUGGUUCUAGCUGGCCACAGGUUUUCCAAAGCCGCACAGAGGAAACAUUCGUUGAAAUGUUACAAACAGGCCUAUCAGAUUUACGAAAAUACCGGAUGGGAUUUGGCAUGCGAUCAUAUUCAUUACACGAUCGGACGUCAGGCAAAUAAUCUGCAGCAGUUCGAAGAAGCCGUUGAUUCGUUUUCGAAACUUUUGAAGGGGGGUAGCAAGCAGUCAGCUCAGCAACAAGCAAUGUUCCUCAAAGAAUACUUGAUGAUUUUAGGGAAUAAACUGAAAGCAGGCGACCAACAUGCUAGUCCGAUUUUGCCAGUACCAGAAUUAAAUAUGAACUCGAUAAAAGUGUUAGUAGGACCAACACGCCCUCUGUCGACACCGGGCAAAGUUCCUGCUAUAGGAAUCGGUUUUAAUAGUACAUACGAUUUAAACGCAGAAAGUAGGUGGUAUAAAUUGGAAGAACUUUUAGUUCAAGAAGCAGAAGGUUCUCUUCCAAUGGUAUUCAAGCCAAUGGUAACUCUGUAUACGCUUAGCCAACUAGCGAAAAGUAAACCAGUCGCGAUUAUGAACGAGCCUAUCCAAAUAUCCAUUGAAUUAGUUAAUACUUUGCAGACAGUAUUACAUUUAAGGGACAUCUACGUACUGUGGAGUUUUAAGAGUUGCGACGAAGUGAUAGUGAAUGAUGUACUGGAUAACAACAAGGAUGAUUUUGUUAAGACAUAUAUUUUGAAAGCCGUUACGAUAGACGGUAAUUCUAAGCAAGACAUCCUGUUGACUUUGAUGCCUUUAGCCACUGGGGUGUUAACUAUAAAUGGUUUUUGUUAUACUUUGACAGGGUCGAAUGCCACUUCAGAGACAAACUUUAUUAAAGGAAAACAACUAAUAUCCGUUCCCAAUGGUAGUAAUAAAUUAAGGAAAGGUGAUAAUAACAGCACCGUUGGAUUGGAUAUCAGCGUUGUAACUGCGGCUCCUUGUUUACAGGUUACAUUUUCCGAGAUGAGCUUGGAUUUUCUCGCUGACGAAAUCCAGCGAAUUUCAGUGGAUUUCCAAAAUACUAGUUCGGUACCCCUCCAAAAUAUUUAUCUUGCAACUUCGGUGCCACAUUUGGUGUCAUAUGUAGAAUUGGGACAGCACGCUAAAACUUCUAUUGACCAAUAUGAUAUUGCUACGUCCGCAACGAGGGAGAAGUUAGCUCGAAAGAACCACAUUACAUCGGUGCCACUAGUAGGCAAUGUCUUAGACCCCGGGCAAACAGCCACUGUAAAUAUUUGGGUCAAGGCGCCAUACAACAAAGGUCCCACAACUGUUGACUUGCUUGUUUACUACGAAAAUACAAAUAAACAAAGCAUCCCCAGGUAUCGACUUGUGAGACACUGCUGGAAUUUAACAGUCCAGGAGUCAUUAUCCAUAGAAACGACUUCACAAGCAGGCCACAAGGCAAAGGAAGUAGAAGAACUUGCUUUAGCUCUGAAAAUUACGAACCUGAACAAAUCGCAUAGUUCAGUAUUAACAGAAAUAACGUUACUAAACAUCGGUUUGCUUAGCAAAUAUUGGUCGAUAUCGAAAGACAUGGCGAUGCCGAAAUAUAUUAAUUUACAUUCCCAAGAAUCUGCACACAUCUUAUUGAAAGCCAAAAGAGAGGUGAAAGAAACCAGUGAAUACUCGAGUAUGUCGUUAAAUUCUGAUCGGAAGUCUUACAGGAGUUUACAAAAUAUCUUCAUUGCAUUUGGCAGGAAAGCGGAGGGUCCUCAAUUGAACGUCUUUGACGAAAUGGACUGCCUUAACUAUAAGGAAAACAAAGAUGGCAUUUUAAUGCUGCAGUGGCGAGCUCUAGUCAUUGAUAUUAAUAAUAAGAGGGUGGUGAACGGUCAGUGUGUGAUUCCGAUUGAAAUUAAUAGGACUGAAGAGGAUAUUUUGCAGCUGGAGAAAAUUCUGUCUGAUAGUGUAAUAGAUAUUAACGAAAAAAAUGUUUUGGAAGAAGAACGUGCAAAAGUUGCUCAAAAUCAAAUGGCUUAUAAUUUAGUAUACCCGUCUACGGUCACACAUGAUUUUCACGAAGAAAAACUCUGUAUAGUCCCUAUAAAAUUGCUAUUACACAGCGUUAUUGACACUUCAGAACUGAAAGUUGUUGUUAAUACUAGCGAAACUAGUACCGUGCAAACCUCUAUAAACAAGUCAAACUUAUUCUAUCGCAAUGCUUCCAGUAAUUUCUGUUGGUUGGGCAACAGUAAGGUAAUAAGGAUGGUGAAACCAUUAACGACUGAAGCUGUGAUGUUGUCUGCUUGCGUGACAGGACCAGGAACUUUCAAUCUAGGUGCUCAUAUUCAAAUUUCGUGUUGUAAAGCCAACGAAAUGGAAUCGUACGUUAUACAGGCUUGUCAGAUACAUUCUACACUGAUUGUACAUAGCAAAAGUUAGUUUGACUUUACAUACUUUAUUAUUUUUUUAAUCUGAAGUUUCCCUUACGUUAUGUUUUUACUAAAUGAUUAGAUUGUUACAUAUGUAAUAUAUUACUGUUAAUAUACAGUUU